AUGGGGCGGCGGCAGCGGGCGGUACUGCCGGAGCCGGCGGGCGGCUGUUGCUGCUGCCUGGCGGCGGCGCUGCCGCUGCUGCUGCUGCUGCUGCCCGCCGGGUGCCCGGUGCGGGCGCAGAACGACACGGAGCCCAUCGUCCUGGAGGGGAAGUGCCUGGUGGUGUGCGACUCCAGCCCUUCGGCCGACGGCGCCAUCACCUCCUCCCUGGGGAUCUCCGUGCGCUCGGGCAGCGCCAAGGUGGCUUUCUCGGCCACCCGCAGCACCAACCACGAGCCCUCCGAGAUGAGCAACCGCACCAUGACCAUCUACUUCGACCAGGUAUUAGUUAAUAUUGGCAACCAUUUUGAUCUUGCUUCCAGUAUAUUUGUAGCACCAAGAAAAGGGAUAUAUAGUUUCAGUUUCCACGUGGUCAAGGUCUAUAACAGACAAACCAUCCAGGUAAGUUUAAUGCAAAACGGCUACCCAGUGAUUUCAGCUUUUGCAGGGGAUCAGGACGUCACCAGAGAAGCAGCCAGCAAUGGGGUCUUGCUCCACAUGGAAAGAGAAGACAAAGUGCAUCUCAAACUGGAAAGGGGUAACCUCAUGGGAGGGUGGAAAUAUUCGACCUUUUCCGGCUUCUUAGUAUUUCCACUAUAA